CACAUUAACGAUGCAAUAAAUACCCAAAAAACCACUAUUCAAUGCAACUAUCUGCAAUCAGCACAUAAAUGUAUCUCUAUAUUGACUGUUUCGUCACAUCUGAUGUCAGAUCAAAGGGGAUUGGCACGUUUGGCACGUUUGGCACGCAUAAUGGAAACCCAACCUGAUUUGAUUAACACAGCUGCAAACUAAUGAGUUCACAUCCCUCUCAGCCAACCACAAACAGCCACAGCAUCAGAUAGGGAGUAUAUAUUCAGCAUCUGUCAUCUUAGAAAAGUCAAAAGAAAAGAAACAGAGUGAGACUGCGAGAGAGAAAGAGAGAGCGCGCGCGCACGAGAGAAACGCAACAUUGAUUUACAAUUGUGGUGACCUCCUCCCAGGCUACCUUUGCAUCAUCAGCCCGUGGAGGUCUGCUCGCAGUUCCGUAUAUUCGGACACUGCGAGCUUGGACCUCCCGGACCAAAACAUCAGUUUCCUCCUGGGAGAAGUUUGGCCGUCUGACGCUGCUGCUCUCUUCUGCCAUGGCGAAUUGAGUAAACUCUCAUUACGCCUUCGCGCGGCGCAUUUAAGGGCGAGGAGAGGGGCUCAUUUGAUUGGUGUGAUGUGUGUAAAACCCACUCCACGCCUUCUCUCCUCCCUCUUUCCGACUUGCGCAGGUAGGAGGGACGGAGGUGGGAAAGAGGAGUAGCUGCGCCAGGCGCACGGUGUGCCAAACUUGCAAAAUCCGCCUGGCCACACCCAGUUGGCGAAGCGCAGGUGUGCUGCACCCCCGCCUCACCCGGUCUGUGAAACUAGAGCCCUAGAUCUUUAACUUAAACCUGUGAAAAAUGAGAGCAAAAACAAAAGUGUUACAUUUAAAUGUUUGUUCAAUAUAAUUAGUCAUGUGCAUCUGUUUGGGAGAGUGUGUAGUCUUCAGAGCAAGGUACUAUUGUUUUGUGGAUACUGGGCUGUCGGACAAAUGGCCCUUCAGUCAAAUGGGAUAUAUUUUGGACUACUGGGGGUCUGAAAUUAUGAGCUGUUGGAACAAUGGACAGGGUCCUGAUUGGUUAUAUUGCAACAACCUCAUGUCAGCUGUGUGAAAACAUCACUUUCUGUGUGUCUAAAUGGUUUAAUACUGUUUCCUUAAAAAUACUCAUAACAAUAACAACCAGCUUUUUACUCAUCAGAAGAAAAUUCUACCUUCUGAUAACAGUUGUCUUUUUGGACCUCUGUUGACGUGACUUUAACAACCAGCGAGUCAGUUUGAGUGGUUGAUGCUCUGUGUUCUGCAGGUGUAACAGUGUGGGAGCUUAUGACAUUUGGUUCCAAGCCAUAUGAUGGCAUCCCGGCCAGUGAGAUUGCCUCAGUGCUGGAGAGAGGAGACCGGUUGCCCCAACCCCCUGUCUGCACCAUUGAUGUCUACAUGAUCAUGGUGAAAUGUUGGAUGAUCAACCCAUCCAGUCGUCCCAGGUUCAGAGAGCUGAUAGUGGAGUUCUCAAAAAUGGCCAGAGAUCCGUCCAGAUACCUGGUCGUACAGGGUGACCUCCCCAGUCCCACAGACAGCAGGUUUUACUCUCGCCUGCUGAGCUCAGAUGACAUGGAGGACGUGGUCGAUGCAGACGAGUACCUGCUGCCUUACAAAGGACUGGAUAACCAUGACAACCGUCCCUGCAACGCCACGCUGGACAUACCAGGAACAUCUCUGACGGAGGCACCAAGGAAGCAUUAUGAUCAGAUGUUAAACCACCUCAACUGGCACCCUUUAGACAUGAAGAAGCAGUGGCUCUACAUCCACACCUACUGGCUAAAGAAACUAACUGCACUCCAUGAACACCUGGCAGCACAAAUAAACCAACUGCUUAUGGAUGGGACCCAUCCAGAGUGA